UCUUCGCCUAUUGUGGCACUUUUAUUGCUCGCUCACUCUAUCUCCAUCCAGAACACAAUCUUCUUCUGACUCACCCUUUUGGUUUGUUUUCUUUCAAGAGAUCCAAAAGUAAAAGAAAAGAAAAAAAGGAGAAACUUUUUUCGGUUUCAGUGUUGUGAGAUCCAAAACCAGAAAAAGAAGAUGGUUAGUGCAAUAAAAGCAGCCAUUGGAGAUUUGGUGUUGACUUUCCUGUGGGUCUUCUUCUCUUCCAUGUUGGGACUGGCCACCAACACCAUAACAACAGCGCUCGAUCUUCAUCACGUUUCUUACAACGGUUUUGAUUACCCUUCCGCUGUGAUCAUCACUUCGCUCAUCUUUAUCCUCGUUACCAUCUUCACCUUCGUUGGCAAUGCCUUGGGUGGCGCCAGCUUCAACCCCACCGCCAAUGCUUCGUCCUACGCUGCCGGGCUCGGCUCCGACUCCCUCUUCUCAAUGGCUCUCCGGUUCCCUGCUCAGGCACUGGGUUCAGUAGGUGGUGUUCUGGCGGUUAUGGAGGUUAUGCCACCAAAAUACAGGCACUUGAUUGGAGGGCCUUCUUUAAAGGUUAGCUUGCAUACUGGAGCUAUAGCAGAGGGGGUUCUGACAUUUGUAAUCACCUUUGUUGUUCUACUCAUCAUGAUCAGGGGUCCUCGUAGUGAGGCGGUGAAGACUUGGUUGAUGGCAAUCUCAACUGUGGUUUUGAUCACUGCUGGUUCUGCUUACACAGGACCAGCAAUGAAUCCUGCCUUUGCAUUUGGUUGGGCAUACUUUGAAAACUGGCACAACACAUGGGACCAAUUCUAUGUAUACUGGAUUUGCCCCUUCUUUGGAGCAAUACUAGCUGCAUGGCUGUUCCGAAUUGUCAUUCCUCCAGCCCCAAGAGUGGUAAAGCAGAAGAAAGCCUGAAGAGACAUGGUAGAUAUGGUUCCUGUGCUGCUGUUAAGCACCAAUGCUAGUACAUUAAUGACUCUUUUUCUGUUUUUAUCUUCUUUAUUUUUUGCUUAGACCCUUUUAUAUUUAUUGUUUUUUUUUUAAAUCAUCUCCUGUUCAUUCCCCUCUAUUCUGCUGUUGUUUUAGACUCUAUCUUUCAGCUGACAGUAGAACAAUACUUUUAUCAGUUUUAUGAAUAAUAUAAAUUUUAAACA